UCUCUUCAUCUCUCGGUCUCUCUCGUCCUUUCCUGUCUCAGGAGCAGACAGUCAGUGGAGCAUCGGCACAGCAACGGAGCGACACAGGACUGACUGAGGAGAGAAGACAACAAACCUGGCCAACAGCAACAUAACAUUAAGAACAUUUGCAGUAGAUCAUUAACUGCAAUACAUUUCAAAUCAAAGCAGAAGCAACAGAUUGCCCUUAGUUGCAAUUGCUGCUGCAACUGAUGCUCUCUCGGCUGAUCUGGGCUUGGAAAUGAAGCAGAUUUGCAACGGCUCCUGCAGCUGACGUCUCCAGGUUUUGAAAGUCAGUUUAUGUGUGGGAAAGAGAUGCUUUUGUUUGGUUUGUGCUUGAGGAAAUGACAAUGCUGAGCAGCAGAAAGGAAAAGCUUUGAUUCAGCCGGAAAGCAACACGUUUCACGCUGGGCGUCACCUCUACCACCAGCGUCUCCUCCCAUCUUCCUUCUUUCAUGAGAGCUGAAGAAGACCAGGCACCCGAGCUAUGAAUGUUAGAUUGACAUGCAGAGUGCAGAGUUCAGGGAGUUUUCGCUGUUAAACAAAAAGAGGAAGAUUUUAUCAGUGUGAAGAAGCAGUAAAGAUUCACAGCCAGGCAAACUAAAGUCCAUCAGACUAUCACCUGGACUUCGGAGGACAAAAAGAAAGGAACAGGAAGACGUACACCAGCAUCUGCCUGAGAACGGAAUCAAAAAACUAGAGCAGAAAUGACAGGAAGAAAGAGAUUCAACUCUGCUACGCACAGCUACAGAUAGAUGUUCAAUUAUUAAAUAGAUAUAAUUUAAUAGGACACUUAACCUCAUCAAAAGUGAGCAACCGACAGAGAUAUCUUACUCGACAAGGAUGACUUUGCACCACCCAAGCUCGCAUUUUGUGUAACAUACAAAGACCAACAUCAAAAUCUUUCUUUGAUGUCAACUUCUGUUGGCACUUGCUGCAAGUAAGUUUUCGCACCGAUUUUUUUUUCGGUGUGAGCAUCUUGGGGUUCUUGCUUGACUCUUCUUUUCGGGGUGAGGUGGAUCUGCCGUGGGGGGCAGCUGACAGCCAUCCAAGACGCCGCGAGCCGUACUCCGCGUGAAGAAUGCCCAGCCGCGCUUGGCCAAGCCGGCCGACCCGGGCCCGACGGCGGGCCUCUACAUGGAAAGAUCGCAGAGCCGCAUCAGUCUGUCAGCAUCCUUCGAGGCGCUCGCCAUCUACUUCCCCUGCAUGAACUCCUUUGAUGAGGAUGAUGGGGUGGAUACAGAGGGCAGGAAGUUGAAGGGAGGCAUCCAGAGGAGCACAGAGACGGGUCUGGCUGUAGAGAUGCCCAGUCGGACUGUCCGCCAGGCCAGCCACGAGUCUAUAGAGGACAGCAUGAACAGCUACGGCUCCGAGGGCAAUCUGAACUACAGUGGCAUGUGUCUGGCAUCGGAUGCACAGUUCAGCGACUUCCUAGAUGGUAUGGGACCCGCCCAGUUUGUUGGACGACAGACACUGGCGACAACAUCCAUGGGUGACAUAGAGAUUGGUCUAAUGGAGAGGAACGGGGGUCUGGAGGUGGAGGUUGUCCAGGCCAGAGGACUCACCAUGAAACCAGGUUCAAAGGGACCUCCAGCGGCCUACAUAAAGGUUUACCUCCUUGAGAACGGGAUCUGCGUGGCUAAGAAGAAGACCAAGUCAGUGAGGAAGUCUCUGGAUCCUCUCUACAACCAGGUCCUGGUCUUCUCUGAAAGUCCACAGGGGAAAGUGGUGCAGGUAAUUGUUUGGGGCAACUAUGGACGGAUGGAUCGCAAAUGCUUCAUGGGCGUAGCUCGAAUCCUAUUGGAGGAGCUGGACCUCAGCACAAUGGUGAUUGGCUGGUACAAGCUCUUCCCUACCUCCUCCAUGGUGGACCCAACAAUGGCGCCACUCAUCCGCCACUCCUCCCAGAUGUCCCUGGAGAGCACCAUUGGGCCCUGUUGUGAGCGAUCCUAAGACUAAAAAGUUUUGUUGAUGCGAAGAUUCCAUUGCUGUCUCAACCAAAUCCUAAGACACAUUUUUAUAUACCCUGUAGGCCUGCGCCCGGGUCAACCCCGGUGGUACUGCCCCUGGAGCAGAUAGGUGUUAAGUAUCUUACUCAAGAGCACUUUGAAAGGGCCUACCACACUUGGGACUGAACCACUCUCCUGACUGGGAAAUGAUUUUACUAACUAGUAGGUCAUUUUGGCACUCAUUGGAAAUGUACUGUAAUUCUUUUGAUAUUGUAUCAGACUGUUUCCCGACACUCAUGGGAAGCAUAAUUCUUUUGUUGUUGGAACCGACCGCCCCUCAGACUCACAGGAAAAUUUUGCUCUCUUCAGAUCUCUAUGAUGAAAAACAAAAACCUACUUAAUGAGGAUACUUCAAAGGAGGGCUCGGUUGCCGACAUUGAUCACAUCCUAUUGGGACCACAAUACACUGCGGGCUCAGCUUUGCUUCAGCUACGCGCCUUCUUCACAGCCUACAUUCGAUUCUCAUUCCAGGACUGCUUGUUGUCUUUCUGUGUCCACAUUUAGGGGCUGAGCAGCUCCUGAUUGUUAUCUGUCUAUCCACGGUCCAGAGAGAAAUUGAGACUGACCUCAGACUGUUUGAGACACCAGCCUCCCAUUUUGCAGGAGCACAGGGAUAGUAGGUUUUAGGUGAAUGGAUCUGUGCGCAGAAGGACUACAGUUGACUUUAAAAAAAGAAUUAAGCUUAUUUGUUGUAACCAACAAAACAUCUUGGUUUGGAACACUGACUCAAGCUGUUUGGGGUUUUUGUGUCACACAUUUUGCUCUUCAAUGUUCAAUUAAUUUGGUACUAUGUGCAUUUGAAUCGUGUAGAUGAAUGAAAGUCACUUUCAUCUUCUGGAAGGAUCCAGAUCUCUGCCUGAUAUAGGGGAUCCAGAGUAUUGCUGGGUUUCUAUCCUACCAGUUAGUUAGUUAGGACUGCAGUUAAAUACGUUUACCUGCAGUGCCAGGUAAAAGUAAGUUUCCGAGUGAAUUUAUAUGGUUAAAAAGAAGAACUAGCUGGUUCUGAGUUCCCAAAGACCAUGUGCCAGUAUGACCCAAGACCUGUACAUUUUCACAAUCAAUCACAAUAUUAGCUGAUUUGACUUAUUAUUGUGUCUCUCAUGGAGGGUGCUUAUCAGAUAAAUCAGCUAGUGUUAUGCUUGGUAGGAAUGAAAAUGUGCAGCCUUGUGAAUUGUUUUUGAAAAACUGAACCAAGUCCCCAUUUUACCUGGUUAUUUCUUCUUAAAUCUGUAGCAAAUUGAUUUCAAAUAGAUUUCCAGCAUAUGUUUGCAUAUGAUAGCGUAAUUCUGUUUCUAAUUCUGCCAGAUGGUACAAAAGUCUGAAAGUAUUUGUUGGGUGUCAUCCAGAAUCCUUCCUGGUGCAUAACAAUAUGCAACAUAGCCACUCACAAUACAUCCCAAAGUAGAAGAAUGGUGGAUACAGAUAUCUGGUCUCACAACCAAACUAAAUUGGAUUUUGCGCAUGCAAUAUUUUGUAUUAGAUUAUGAUUGAAGAAUUCAAACCUGCUAACCAUAGAUGCAUGUGACUAUUACUUCCAAAUGUAAUGUGGUUAAAUCUUAUCAGGAUUCAAUCUAAAUUCAACUGAAGUAAAUGGGGUCUGAAAUGUUGAGGGUGCUUUGUCCUCACGUUCAAUUCUGUUCUGUGUUUUACAUUUACACAUCCACCUGGUAAUGCAGGUCACAUCAAGUACAGGAGGAGAUAUUGUACCUGUGUUGUACAGACACAGGGCGCUAAUACACAAAAGACAAAAGCAUUGAGAAUAGUAGCCUGGCUGACAGUAGGGCUGAAAACUUGUUCCAUAUCCCAGUCUAAUUGUAUUUCAGAUGCUCUUAAACUAAUACUCUAGAAGUAGAUUUUUAAGAGUCCUCCUCUCUUUUUUUAAAUCUUUGGCUAACAGUUGUCUAAUAAUAGUUUCUAGUGUGCCAAUUUCUACCAGCAAGUGUCUUCUUCAAUUACCUUGCGGCAUGUGCUAUUGUGAGGGAGGAACAGAAACAACCACUCACAACAUCUGACAGCAGUAUUCAGGCUACUCAGAGAAGCGUCCCCUUUAUUCUAAAUUACAGCCCUAAUCCACAGACCGCCAAGGCACCUGGUGAUUAGCCAUGCUACGACUCAGUAUGGAGAGAGGAAGAAAGGGAGGAAAAAGAAAGAGAGAGGAAGGAAGCAUGAAAUGUACUUUGCAUCAUCCAAACAAAGGAGAUGUCUGGACUGACGUCAGAUUUCAAGAAAGGACAAAAAAUAGGAUGAAUUUAAAGGGAAAACGUGCACACUGUAGAAACUUUAUAGUUUAUUAAAGAACAAAACUACAUGUAUUUAAUUUGGGCACUUUAUGAUUCUUAAUGUCUUUUUUAUAUGUAAAUAUUAUAGUUGUUAGUGUAUUUUGGAGUGAGCCAAAGUUAAUCAAUAAUGACUUAAUUGAUUAAUGUUAAAACUCUGAGGGAGGGAAGAGAUAUCCUUGCUAGUUACUGUAAGAUUGUAGCAUUAGCUGGUAGCAUCCACAUGACUUAUUAAAACUUCUAAUGAAUUAGCAGAAAACUCAAUAAGACAAAGCAUGACUGAGCUAUACGCUACACAGAAAGAGGAGAAAUGAAAAUACAUUAUGUUGGGUUGAGUCCCAACAUUAAUUGAUGAAUACAUACAUAUGUAGCAAUUUAGUUCAGAUUCAAAGUUUACUGGAUUUAAUUUCGUGCGGUUUGCUUUCACAGAGAAUACAACAACUGACAUCUGUAAUAAGAUCCAAAAACUGUUUUGUUUUUUAACUUUGAUUUCAGAACAAGAGCAUUUCUCUUAGACAAUUAUAUAAUAAACACACAAUUUGGAGUAAUUUUACUCAAAAAGAACUUUGCAAAAUAGGCCUCUGUUUUGCCAGUAGCAGUGUUGCAGGGAUAUUAAUAUUGUAAUUAUUUCCAAAUAAAUUAAAGCAACAUUCUGUAAAGCAAUAAUCAAAAAACAUCCAGUCAUUGUAGUUUUUCAGUUGCACAGUGUAAACUGUGGAAAAUGACUAGCUUAGCAAGUGAUUUUUACUGCAGUCAGAUAUAUUUAUAUUUGUUUUGUAUUUAUCAGAAUUUACAGAACAUUUGUAAUUCCAAAACAUGCUCUCUGUUAACUGCUCUGAUUUAUUUGACAGUCAUAGUGUCCUGAUGUCUGAGAAAAAAUUGUAGGACACCUUGAAAAUAGCUGGAAGGCAAGAACUGAGAAUCACUUGUUAAGAUCUGUCAUUUUAACCCAGUGUAUUCAUCUGUUUGUUUGUUUUUUCAUAACUUAUUCCAGGGAGAAUGUCACGUAGUCUCUGGGGGAAUCUCUGUUUACAGAAGUAUCUGAAAUAUAUCCAAUGUACAUUUAAAUUUCUGAUUUGAAAAAUGCAGGAUCAUUUUUCACAACCUGAAAUUAUAGUGAAUAGCAUGGAUUUUAAUCUAAUGAUAACAAUGAUUGCCUGGUAGUGAAAACAAAAGGGGACUGAUUAUAUUAGAAAAGUUGUAUAAAUCAAAUAUAAACAUAUAUAAUAUAUAAAUAUAUUUAAAAAGAAUUAACUCCUCUGACUGUGACCCAAGGAAUGUGUUUUGUCAUUGUUACUUUGUGCCAACAUUUUUACAUAUUUUGAGGGCUGAUUUUCCAAUAGAGGACUAAUGAAAGAGGGAUGUUUACACACUUGGCAUUGCAUUUUUCUUCUGCAACCCAUAAGCAGUGUAGAUUUUGUUUAAAGAAAUGUCUUUGCAUCCAAGAAGAAGAACUUUGUGACUGAAACUAAAGUAAUAUUGCAUGAUAAUGAUCUAGAUUUAGUGAAGAUGGAUCACAAAGAGAGUUAGUAAUAUAAAGUGGCAAUGGUAACCAUCAUAGAAGUUUUCCAUCUAUCUACAUCUAACCUGCAGCAGCUGCAAGUACAACACAAGUGUUGGAAAAAGUGAAUCAUUGUAAACCAAGAACUGAACUGAAUUUAAAAACCUUUCCUCUUAGGGGUGGAGCAGCAUGGCAGCAGUAGUGUGGCAUGUUUGCAGUGAAUGAUGGGUUUUCUAUGAUGGCUGCAGGUGCACUCUGGCAUUAGUGUGAAUUUGGUGUCAACAGCUGACCCUUGCAAGAACAUUUUCUUCUCUAAUUAUUUGGGAGAGAGACAAAAUAUAUGCCAACAUUGCUAGCAGGAUUAAGAAUAAUUAAUGUAUGUUUAUUAAAAAUUCAUUGUGUAAUUUUGCUCAUCAAAAUCUUCUUGUUCACCAGUCUGAAUUUGCUUGUGACAUUUUGUAACUUUGGAGGCAAACGAAUGGGCUAAUGAACUAUGUAGAUGUUAUAGUUGACAUAUUAAGCACCAAAAAUGUACGUUUUUGCAUUCACCCAUAUUUUGAUUGUGUCUACCACAUGGAUGUUAAUUAUCAAUUGUAAUGUAAGUAGAGGCCUUAAACACAUCGAUAUACAUUUUGUCAGGGCUAAGGACUAAGAAUUGUCACAUAAAGUAAUCAAAACAACGCAAAAAAGGUUUUACAGUGUCACCCUUUCAGCCCAUUACUUAAAGUAAUGUGAAGUGUCAUCCAUAGAAAUGAUUAUCUUUGCGUAUGUUCGUAAUGAAUUUCUGAUACACUGAUAUUUCAACUGACUAUUUGUGUAUUCUCCCCACUCCUUGUUGUGGGCUUAAUUGAACAAACUGAGCAAAAAAACAUUUUUGCAGAGUAGGUAUUCAAUGAUUCUGACCUGUUUCAACACUUAUUUUCUAAACUUAAAAGUUGCACUAGUGUUUAUUUAUUGAGGUUUGAAUGCACCUAAUGGUACUUUUGGUAAAUUUGGUUUAAAAUUUCAAAACACAAAAGAACAUUCGCAAUCUAGCCAUCUGUACCAUGUUUCCCACCCUAACUGGCUUUUAAGUUGAUUUUCUGCAAAAAACAGACAUUUUCACUCAGUCAUUAUUACUACUCAAUUCUAUGGCACCUUCAGGGGCCAUUCAGAUACAGAGAGAAAAGUCUAGUGACACUUGUAUUACAUACAUUAAGCAGCUUAUGUGUUCAGUUAAUAACUUUUAGAUGUGAAACAAAGGUACCAUUACCAUAAAAUUAUCUGUGCCAUCUCCAAUAUUGCACUGUAACUGUGCUUUUUUCUUGAUCUCAAGAAUAAAUAAAAGUAUGAAUGAUGUUUGCAUUCCAUUCCUCCUGGUUGACACUGGCUAUAUUUACAUGCACACAAUAAACUAUUGUGAGUUCUCUGACUGAAAAACAGUAGCAUUUACAUGAUUUGGAGCCCGUGUAACCAUGGGUUCCAUAAGUAUUUUUUCUAACUGUUUGUGCACAUUUGAACAAUAUGUAAGGACAACCUAAUCAAAAGAAGAUAUGUUCAGGCAAUCAAAAACACAGCAGUAACAUGAAAACAAAUCUACAGUAAAACAGCCAUAACUGUAACUAAUAAUUUCCAUUUUAAAUGUAUUAUAGUCAUAGUUAUAGUCACAGUAGUGAGAUAUAAUCACCAAGUUGUGGCACUGGGCAACUUUUGGGUCACAGCAGACUGUGCCAGGAUGUUAUUUUGAUGUUAAUUUCACAAUGAUCUUUGAAAGUCUUUGAGUUCAUAUGUCCGUUACAUUACUGUCCUAACUGCAAUACAACCACAUUUUUGUACGCAUUUAUGUGGGUCAUUGGCAAGUUCUGAGCUAACCUUGAUACAAAAUGGCAUAAUUGUCUACCUUUCUGAAUUUGUUGAGUUUAGGGGUGUCAUGUUUUAGUAAACCUGAUUAUUUACACAAAGAAUGCACAGGCAAAGCUGUGUGUCUGUUUUUUGCAGAAGAUCAACCUAAGAAGUGAAUCUAGGUUGAAUUCCCUUUGAAGUUCUUAAAAAAAAUUUCUGUUACCUUGAAUUGUCCAUAUCGUGUCCUUCUUAAGUUGAUGCGUUUUACUGAUUAGGAAGAAAGAGCAUUAUUUGUGUACUUUUCUUUUGGAGUGACAGUGUGCACAUUUCUAGACACAUAUCAUAUCAUGUUCUCUCCAGGGGAAGAGGUGGAGGAGUGGGAGGAUGAAAGGAUAGAUGAAACUCCUCUGCUGCUGUUACGAAACAGUGGCUGGAGGAUCCCAAAAGCAACACAUCUCCUCCGGUCUGCUACAGAGGCAGCAGUUUGGGACUUUCCUUAGAGGCCACCCCCAAACCAACCCUCAUAGAAGUGUUCCCCCAUCUGCCAUCUGGUAGAUCCUCUCAUUCAAAGCGUCCCACAUUACCAUGAGUGAAUAUAUUUUUAGGUUGAGUGACCCCAGUGUAAAUCAAAGCCAACGAGUUUCGUAACUUGUGUUUCUAAACACCAUUCCUGGUUAAACUCCCUCACAUUUCUACACACACAUUGCUAUUCAUACACUUGUGUGAACUCAUUUGGGCUCCAAACCCAAAUCCAAACAAAUCCUCCUUUAUUUCACCAAUAAUGGUUGAUGAUGCAAAGUAAUUUUAUCUACAGCAAUCACAGCCUUAAAUUAACAUCUCUAAACCAACAAAUAAGGCCUUUUGGGGACAUUUGAGAAAUUUUCGUAAGGCUCCAGACAAAACUAUACAAGAAGGGGAUGUUUUGGUUUUGGGAUACUAGAUGAGGUGUGAUGAGUUUGACAGGCUUUCUCAUGCUUUCAGGAAUGCAUGACAUGGGCAACUGCUGGAAACAAUGCUGAUGGAAAAUCCUCAGUGAUGAGAAUGUAUCCAGGGAAGGUUUUCUCACACAUUCCUUUGGUUAAACACAUUUAAUGAGUUGCUCCAUCCCAUCCUACAAUCUUCUACUGUCACCCACUGAGUAGCUUCAUUGGAGCAACUGACCUGUUGCAUUUGUUGCUCAAUGGCAGCCCAGCAGUAUCAACAGAAAGGGAGAACAUCACCGUUUGAUCUCCACAUUUUAAGAAUCACCUAGCCAUUUAAGCAUUUCAAACUUCCAUUUACAAAUAUGUUGUAAUUUUUAAAGAUGUUUGAAGAUUCUUUCCAUCCAAUCUGUAGGUUAGUGUCAACAAUUGACUAAUGUUAGCAAAGCAUUAAGCAGCAAAUGCCCAUCUGCAUUGAUUUCCAUUUGUUGCUCAUGUAUUACUGCCUUGAGAACCUGAAUGUUAUCAGAAGAGUGACCAAGUGCUGUAACUUUAGUUUUAUUCACCGCACUGUCAUUUAAGACACGUAUAUUUGCAGAUUCUUUGGCAAACUGUUAUAUUGUUGAGUAAAUGCACAAUUUGGUGUAUUGUUAUUCUAUUCCAGCUGUCAAUAAAAUAGUUCUCCAUCAUUA